AGAAUGAAAUCAGGGCAACAAAAAGCAGGGUUAUUACUGUGUGAGAAGCUGAUAGAGUGAUGGGAGGAACACACAGUGCGGGUAGAGACAACGACGAACUGGUUGAUGUUCUUAUUCAGGAGAAGUACAUUGCGACUGAAAGCGUGGAACAAGCAUUUCGCUAUGUAGACCGAGGUGAUUACAUCAGUGGCUUCCCCAACACGCAGGUCUAUGGUCCUGAUCAGACCUUGAGAAAGACGGACAACACCUACGCGCCACCUCUCAGCUCCGUGUAUCUACGCUGCUGUGGUGGAGGCGCUGGAUAUUCGGCCAGGGAACUCGUUUCUGAACGUUGGAAGCGGGACUGGCUACUUAUCGACCGUUAUUGGCUAUCUAAUCGGACAUGGUGCCUUGAACCACGGUAUAGAAGUACGAAAGCAGGCAGUUGAACACAGUUACCAGUGUCUUGAGAAAUACAUCACACAGUGCAUCAUGUUUGACGCUACUGGUCUCGCUAUUCCGCUAUUUGUAUGUGGAAACGGGCUGGAUAUUGACACCGGAUACAGAAAGUACGAUCGUAUCUACGUCGGAGCUGAGGUUCCCCAGUCUCACAAACGGACCUUCUGUUCCCUUCUAGCAAACCGCGGCAAACUGGUCAUGCCAUACAUGAACAAGCUGAUCUGUGUGACACGUGAUGACGACAGUUUCACGUGUAAGGAGCUGAUGUCAGUCUCCUUCCGGCCCCUCCUGACUCCUCAAAUGAUUGCAGAGGAAGUGGUCGGAGACGAGGAGCCUGAAGAAAGAGAUCCUCACAUCUUUCAAAUCAGUACAAGGAUAGAAACGCUACAAGAGAUGUGCCGGUUUGAAAUCUACCAACUGCUGGGAAGAGAGCACCUUGCCAAGGUCCUAGAGCUGCCGAUCAGUCCAAUUCUACAAGACUUCAUAGUUUAUUACCGAGACCCUGCAUUGACACACACGCGGGUACGCCCUGUUUACAACGAACCUCCUCCCCCUCCUAGAUCACGAAUACAGGCCAUACUACAGGAUCCACCGCCAAGGAUUGGAGAGUAUCUCGGACUGGUGGAGCGACUGAUCGCCGAGCGGGGUCGCCCAGAUGGCGCAGAUGAUUCAGAUGAAGACUUGCCAGCUGAUUCAGACGAUGAUGACAUGCCUGUCAUGAUGGCAGCCAACAUGGAAGAUGCGGAUGAAGAUUUACCAAAUCUCCGCGAGGACGAGGUUGAGGAAGCUUUUAUUGAGAGCGAUGACAGCGACAAUAGUUUAGAGAGCGCUGAGGAAAUGGAAGAGGAGUGGGAGAGUGGAAAUGAGGAUAUUGAGGAGGAGACUGUUCAGGUUGAAGAAGAAGACGAAGAAGAAGAAGGAAACGUUAUGGUGAUAGUAGAUGAAGCGAUCCAGCACCAAUCAGACGAUAGACAAGACGGGAAUGGAUAACUACGGAAAAGUCGUCAUUUAAGAUUUGUGGCGCGAUUUUAACGAAGUUCGUUUUCCAUAAGGAUAUAUUCUUGGAACUCUGGGCGCAUUUGAUAACAUUCAAUAAUGUGUGGCUGAACAUUGGGCAUUCAGUACCCUGGACCUUUCGAAGGAUAAGCUUGUUGCACAGGGUUUCUUAUAGCAAAGUUGGCAGUUAAUGUUAUUUAUUCCCUUUAUUUUAUUUUUCUGAAUUAGAAUAUUGCUAAAAACAGUGCUAUUCAACUAGUGAUUCUGCCAAGUUCGCUUUAUAGUUGCCUUGUUAUCUGGCUCCUGUGGAGCUUGUAAGUAAUAAACUGAUCUGAAGAGUUGUACUCACUUUUGUUGUACGCACUUUCGUUUAGUGAGCAACUUUCACUUUCGCUUUCUUUUUUGAUAGGACAGAGGUAUCAUCAUUCGUUUUCAAAAGGUGCCUAGACUUCGUUCUAUAAGAGAGAUUUUAUUUUCACUCUUGAUGAACUUUGAGUGUUUUUGGUGAAAUGAAAAAAUAUAGACGUUUUUUCGGCUGCCCUCACUAAAAUUGUUUUAGAUUCUUUUUAAUUUCAAAUUCAUAUUUCAACAUUUAUCAGCAACAUUAAUACGAUGAGUUAUAAUCUCAUUUUCCCAGCAAUACUUCUGUGAUUUCAACUUAUUAGAAUUAUUUCGUUGUAAGCCUUCAGUGUGAAAUCACCCUCAUUGUUCCAGCCAAUUCACAUUUGUUUCAACAACAAUUUGAAGACACUAAUUAUAGGAAGACGAAAUUGUGUUUUUUAAAGGCCCAUUUUGGGCUGGAAAUCUCUGAUUGUACAUUUUUUGGAUUUUUCCAAUUUGUUGUUUAACAAGGAAUCAUUUUCACGGACGCGAUUUCCGAAAAUAAUCUCCGAUGACUUCCUUUGUUCUAUAUACUGAACGGUUACGCUGAUUUGCAGUUAGCAUUUCAAAUUGUUCUUAUCUACUGAAAAUGAUUAUCAGUGAGAAUUAUCACAUAAAAGGGUUAUUUGUUACUA